AUACUUACAUUCAGAACUUCCUUUAUCCUUUUCGAGUUUCUUAAAAGAUACAAUAUUUUAUUAUUUGUUUCUUCUUCGGUUCUUAUGUAGUAGUAAAAUUUCACACGUAAUCAAUUCAACAGCAUUGUUACUUACCUCUCUUUCUCGCCUCUGUAUCAAUUUUUCAGAAGGCUGUUACUACAAUUACAAUCACUACAAUGAAGGCGAUAGAAUAUUAACGAACGAGCCCUGCCUGAAUUGUACCUGCCACAAUAAGAUGCUGAUGUGUUAUCUGCGUGUUUGCCCAUUUACGAAACCAAUUGGACACGAUUGCAUCGUUGAAAAGCGUGAGGAUCAAUGCUGUCCAAUUAUCACAUGCCCCGAGGUUCCUGUCGAUGUUGCGCAUCAUGUAUCUGAGCCCGGCACAGAGCUAAGCAUACCCGAGAAAUAUGGCUGCAGCAUCGAUAGCAAAUUCUACCCCGAAGGCGCACAAGUACCAUCAAAUCCUAAUAAACCAUGCGAGCUGUGUUAUUGCAUUAAGAAUCGCACGUCAUGUCUAAUGCAGGAAUGUACAUUGCACAUUGAUGGUUGCACACCGAUCUACAAUAAGGGAUCUUGCUGUCCAGUGCGUUACAAUUGCGAUCACGAGAAUGACGUUUUGGAGCUGGAGGAUCACUCGUCCACCACAUCGACCACAACCACAGAGCGCCCAACGCCUGGCUUCAUUCUCACUACCACCAUGACCCCAUCGGUCUCCGCAGACUGUGUGCACAAUGGCGAUGUUUAUGCCGAUGGCGCCUCCAUUACUGGCAAGAGUGCCUGCGAACACUGCUACUGCAUGCGUGGAGAUAUUGUUUGUGCCGUUCAAGAAUGCGACAUGCCAAUGCUAUCUAGCAAUGGUAAGAGCUGUCAUGCACUGCCGCCAGCAGAGGGUGAAUGCUGUCCAAGCAAUUAUGUCUGUGAGGACGAUUCAGCCACUACAGAAAUCAUUGAGGUGACAACUCCGCCGUAUGCGAAGGAAGAAGAAGCGGUUACUGCAUCCGCGGACAAGGAUCUGCACGGUGCCAUACCAGAGGAAGAUAUUCAACUACAAACACACAUUGACGAAGAUGAAGAGAAACCGGCCGAUCAAGUUACUACUGCACCUCCGGAUCUGGCAAUUGAUGUCACUGGAGCAGCAGUGACUGCCGCUGAAACACAAGAAGCUGAAAGCGAAAGUUCGACCGAGAGCGCUACAACAGUUAAAUCUGAAGUUUCAUCUGAAACAACCGAGAAGCAGAAGGAAAAAGAAGAGCCAACAAGUACCGACGCAGUUGAGCCUAUUUCAGAAGCCACAGCAGAACCUGAGGGUACUAAACGUAUUAGCACGGAUAUUGACGAUCAUGCGGAGACUACAGCUAAACCUGCUGCCACAGAAGAAGUGCCCACUUCCAAGCCCAGCAGCGAAGAAGCCGAAGCUACCACAGUACCGGCUAUUAAGGAAGUGGAAGAGAAACCCGCAGUCGAAUUCGACGAAAGGAUUGAUACUGAAGCUUCUAGACCCAGCAGCGAAGAACCGGAGGCUACAACAGUGUCUGCUAUUAGAGGAGAUGAACAGAAACCUGCGUUUGAAUUCGAGGACAGAAUUGAUGCUGAAACUUCCAGACCUACCAUCGAAGAGGCGGAAACCACCACAGUGCCGGCUAUUAGAGGAGAGGGCCAGAAACCUGCAGUUGAAUUCGAUGAAAGAAUUGAUGCUGAAACUUCCAGACCCAGUAGCGAAGAACCGGAGGCUACCACGGUGCCGGCUAUUACAGCAGAAGGGCAGACACCUGCAGUUGAGUUCGGCGAAAGAAUUGAUGCUGAUACUUCCAAACCCAGCAGUGAGGAAACGGAGGCUACUACAGUGCCUGCUAUUAGAGGAGAGGAACAAAAACCAGGAGCCGAAUUCGACGAAGGAAUUGAUGCCGGAACUUCUAAGCCCAGCGGCGAAGAAGCAGAAGCAACUCCACUUCCAGAAGUGUCUGUGGUUCCAACCACUGUACCUUCACCAACAAAAUCAGAUAAGGAAACUAGUCACGAAACCAGUGCUGAGGUUCCUGAGGGAGAGAGAUCUACAGAGUCCUCUGAAGGGGCCGCAACGGAUCACGAAAAACCUACCACAACUGUGCGACCAACCGUCGAAAAGGAAAGCUCAGAAGAAUCGACAGAGUCAGAGGAAAUUGAUGUUACUACAAAGAAACCAACUGCAAUUGUGUCCGAGGAAGCUUCAGAGCAACAAGCAAGCACUGAAAUCAGCUCAGAGCAAGGUAGCGGCGAAGAAUCAACCGAAUCGGCAGAAGCUGAAUUAUCAACGGAAAAAUCAACGGAAGCCUCCAGCACCGAAGAGGAAGUGCCAGAUAUGCAACUGCCUUCUGUUAUUCCCGGGGAAGGAGACUGUUUGGUCGGCCAUAGAACAUACGGAAAUAAUACUAGCAUUCCGACAGCAGAUGAAUGUGAUAUCUCUUGCAAGUGUAUUAGCAGCAUCGUGGUCUGUAAUAAAAUUGAGUGCGAUGUGCCGAUAGACAUUAGCAAGUGCAUUAUCGAUCAAGCGAGCACCGACAAAUGCUGUCCCUCAUUUAUCUGUGAACCACAUGGCAUUGAAACCACAGCGGCACCUAUUGCACCGGAAGACGACCAACCAACAAUUGCUCCCUUCUCAGAUAUUGACAUACCUGCUGUUCCUACUGAGCAGCCAAUGUCACAUGUCAAGGAAGAAGACGUGACAGAAAUCGGGGAGAGUACGGCAACACCAAAGAUUGAUCAAUCCGCCUUGAUUACUGAAGAUAAUGAACAAAUUGAGAAGGCCACUGCUGCGCCAAGUGCGCAAGCAGUGCCAGAAAAGGCCAGCGACAAAGUGCCAGUUUCACCCGCAGCACCAGUUGACGAAACUGAAACGGAGAAAGCUACAGUUGCUCCAGCAAAGGGAGCUGAACAAGCUGGAACCACUACAGCUGCACCAUCCAUCGAGGAAGCUGAAAAGAUCACAACUACACCUGUUUUUGAAGGUGAAAUAUCUGAGGACAAAUCUACUGCUACCCCGGAAAUUGCAGAAACUGAAAAGGCCACAAUUGCGCCGGGCAUUAAGCAGGAAGAAAAGGCGCCAGAAGAGGAGUCUACAGUUUCAGAAGAAAUUGAAAAAGCAACUGCUGCUCCUGAUCUUGGUGAUGUUGAAGCAGGUACUUCAGCUGCAGAAGAAGUGGAGAAGUCUACCUCUGCUCCUGCUUAUGAUGAUAGCCAAAAGACUGACGAGCACGCAGGAGCAUCCACCACUCUUACUCCGGAUCUGGAAGAUGUUGAAAAAGUCACUUCUGCUACCACUGCUGGCGAACCAGAGCUUGAUGAAGGAAAAGAAAAGGUCACAGCUGCACCAGAAACUACUGAGGGUGAGAAGGGUGCCGCGGCCGAAGAAAUUGAAACAGAGAAAGCUACUGCUGGCCCAAGCAUCGAAGAAAUUGAAAAGACUACACCUGCUCCUAGCUCAGACGUUGAGAAAGGUACAGCUGCUCCGGACACUGAAGAAAGCGGGAACGUCACCGCAGUACCUGAUGCCGAACAACCUGUACAUUCUACUACCGCUACUGUUGCUGAGGCUGUCGAGAAGUCUACUACCGAAAGUGCCGUGGAAGCCGAAAAGUCAACUUCUGUUCCUCUUAGCGCAGAAAGCGAGAGCACUACCGUUGUACCUGUUGUGAAGGAAGACAAAGAUGAAGAAGUAGGCGAGAAGUCCACUACUGCUCCAGGCAUUGAUGAAAUUGAAGAAGCUACUGCAGAGCCAGAAAUCCAUGAAGGAGAGAAAGUCACUCUUGCUCCAGCUGUCGGAGAAACUGAGCAGCCAACAGCCGCCCCUGGUAUCGAAGACGCUGAGAAGUCUACUGCUGCUCCUAGCGGUGAAGAAGUUGAAAAGCCCACCGCAGCCCCAGUCCUCGAAGAAAUUGGAAAGGUUACUGCUACUCCUGACGCCGAUGUUGCCAAAGAAGGCGAGAUAGCCACGGCCGCACCAGGUGUCGAAGAGGAAGAGAAACCAGCUAAGCCUGAUGAAGAACAAGUAGCUGAAGUCACUACUUCUCCAAUUGACUCGGAAAUUGAGAAAAGUACUCCUGCUAUCAGUGAUGAAGGAAUUGAAAAGGUUACUGCCGCCCCUACUGCCGAGGAACACAAAGAGGCUACUGCUCGUCCCGACAUCAAGGACAUUGAGAAGACAACUCUUGCUCCAGUUGCUGAAGGCAGCGAAAGGACUACACUUUCUCCGAUUGUUGUGGGUGCCCCUGGUGCUACAGAGAGUGCCCUUGAAGUUGAACAAAGUACUGAUGAAGAGGGCAUCGCAUCAUUCACUGGAAUUCCACGACUUGAUUUGGAAGAUGCUGUGCAUGAAGGAACAGCUGCUCCUGGGACAGAAGGAGACAUCGAAAAGGCCUCACCUGCACCUGAAAGGGUCGCUGGAGAGGAGGAAUUCACUCUCAAACCCGAUCUUGAAAGUGAAAAGGAAACGGAGGAGUCUACCACGGCUCCUAUUUCUGGGGAUAGUGAAAAGUCUACUGCUGCUCCUGCCAUUGACGCACUUGCGGGAGUCACCGCAGCUACUGAAAGCGAAGAGGGCGAAGGUAGCGGAGAGGCUGCAACUGUUGCAACUGGCGAAGAAGAUGGCACCGCUAAAAAAGAAGAAAAGGUUACAGUUGCACCAGAAGUGGAAGGUGAAGAGCCUGAGAGAGGUACUACUGCAACAAGUGCAGCCACAGUUGAAGACAUUGCAAAUAUUACGGCUGCGCCAGGAACCGAAGCCGAUAUCGAAGAGUCUACAUCUGUUUCGGAAGCUAUUGAAAAGACCACUCUUAGAUCUGAUAUUGAAGACGUUAAAGAGGCUACUGCUGCCCCUGAUGUUGAAAAUAUUGAAA